AUGAGCAAAUCAACAAUUACACCACAAGAAGAUCUAUUCAAAGCAGUGUAGAAUGCUAUUGAGAGAAGAAAGAAUCCAGUUAAACUAACUUUUGAAAACCUUGAGUAUGAAGUAGAAGUAAAGUUGAAUGCUCAGGAUGCUAAAGCAAAAGGAUAGAAAACUAUGAGACAAAGAAUUGUAAAAGGUGCCUCUGGGUAUGCUCUUCCUGGUCAAGCAUUAUACAUUAUGGGAUCAUCAGGCGCAGGAAAAACAUCUCUUUUAAAUUUGAUUAGUGAUAGAAUAGCUAGCACUAGAGCAAACAAAAUGUCUGGAAAAGUUCUAAUAAAUGAUACAGUACCCCUUACUCAAUCGACUUUUGGUUAAGUUGCAAGUUAUGUGAUGUAGGACGAUGUAUUGUUCCAUAACUUUACUCCAAGAGAGGCUUUGAGAUUUGCUGCAAGACUUAAACUACCGAUUUCGAUUCAAGAGCAAGAUAAGAGGGUAGAAGAUCUCCUUCAUGAACUCGGACUCUUAGGAGCUGCAGAUACUUUGAUUGGUAAUGCUCGAUUUAAGUCAUUAUCAGGUGGAGAACGGAAAAGAACAGCAAUAGGUGUAGAACUCAUUUCUGAUCCAUCCAUGAUUUUACUAGAUGAACCUACAUCAGGAUUAGAUAGUUUUAAAGCUCUAUCUAUAGUCAAACUACUUCAAAAAUUAGCAAGAAAUGGAAUGACUGUAAUAGCUACCCUGCAUCAACCAUCAUCAGAAGCAUUUACAAUAUUCGACAGGCUAAUCUUAAUGGCUGACGGUCAUAUAAUGUACUAGGGACUAGCUAGAGAUAGUACUAAAUAUUUCAGUUCGAUUGGACUCAAUUGCCCUCUCUUCUCAAAUCCAGCUGAUUACUAUAUGAAAGUACUAACUAUCAACUAUCCAAAAUAAGAAUCAGAUGAGAAGAAAUUAACCUUCAUGAUGAAUUCAUAUGAUCAGAGAUAAAAAUCAAUUGUCCAGAAAGAAUAAAGCUAGAUAAAAAUUUAGGAAUUUGAUUUUAAUGAAAGCAGAAUAUAAUAGACUGGUUUUUGCUUUUAAAUGAAACAAUUAAUAGGAAGAAAUUCAUUAAACUAAAGAAGAGACCCUAGACAAACAUUUGUAAAAAUAUUCCAAACUAUCUUUAUGGCUUUGGUAAUCCUACCCAUAUUUUGGGAUCUCUCUGGAAAUGGAUUCGUCGUCCAAAUGGGUCUAGCUGGAGCAAUAUUUUUUAUGUUGGUAAAUAUGACUUUCGGUGGUGUUUUGGGAACAAUCCUAGUUUUCCAAGACGAGAGACCUGUCUUUCUUAGAGAGUUCUCAAAUCGCAUGUAUCAAGUGCCUGCUUAUUAUCUAGCUAAGGUAUUGGUUGAAACACCUGUCAUGGCAUUAAAUCCUCUUUUGAAUGCUAUAAUAGUUUACUUUGGAAUUGGUUUGACUGCAACAGCAUCACAAUUCUUCUACUUUUAUCUAAUUACUUUGAUGGUAUCAUUCUGUGCCGCCUCUAUUGGUUACUUUGUGUCAAGUCUCUUUGAAAAAGAAGAAGAUGCAGUGGGAAUGGCACCGUUGUUUGUCUUACCUCAGGUUAUUUUUGGAGGAUUUUUCGCCAACUCGGGCAACUAUCCAGUCUGGAUAGGCUGGCUUCAGUAUUUGUCACCUCUCAGAUAUGGAUAGGAAGCCUUAAUUAUAAAUGAAUUCUUGCCAAGAACCUACAAAAGCAAUGAGAUAAAUUUGGUGGACUAUCUAAAGUACGACUUAGGAAUGACGAAAUGCUUAGUUAUCAUGCUUGCAUUAAUCAUCGGGUUCAGAAUUAUAUCUAUGAUUUUCUUAAGGCUACUGGUUUCCAAGUUCCAAUGA